AUGCAAUAUCAACAACAGAUGAAUAUAAAUACGAAUAGAGAUAGAUCAUCUCCACCUCUAACUUCAUCAACAAGUAGCACUGGUAGCGGAGGAGGGCAACAGCAGCAACAACAACCAAACAAUGGACAUCCACCAAGAGAACUACAAAGUAUAGUUAUAAAGUUGAUUCAAUUGUUUGCACCACCAAUGCAAUCCAAAGAGAAUACAAUAUCAUACAAAGAGAGAAUCAAAGCUAUCUUGUUUGUAUUUGUAGAGAGAUUUCCACAUUCUUCAAAGUCUCCAAUCGAUGAUUUCUCAUUAUAUGAUCAAAUUCAAAAGAAAUGUAUGUGUAGCGCCGACAUAUGA